UUACAACUUCCGGUUGGAAAAAAAGUCGCUAAAUGUAGAGCUUAUUAAGAAAAAUAUAUGAUAUAAUGGAUUUGACAGCAGAUUCCAAUCAUAACAUCAUCGAGGAUUUGAAUAGAGAUUUCGAGAAAUGGCAGGAGAAAGACAAUUCAGACUUGAUUUACUUAUUGGAGAGCAUCACAGAUGAAAGUGGCCAUGUUUUUCUAGUAUUGCUGCUUGCAAGUGAACAUGAAUUCAAAUUGCAUGUGCCAACAAAUUAUCCAGAGGGUGACACACCAUUUUAUGUUGAGACGGAUUCUCUAAUAAGCACAUGGAGCAGUAGUCUUAAUGAGAUUUUAAAAGAAGUCACAGUACCCCUCUCACUUGAAGAUGUUCUCAAUAAAGCAAUUGAAUUAUACACCCACCAGAAGUCUCAAAAAAGCCCUUCGACAUCAGAGGAGGAGCUGAGUGAUGAAGAAAUGGAGCUAAUGUUUGAGGAGGAAGACGAAGAGGAUGAGGAGGAAGAGGAGGAGGAACCAGAGACAAUAAUACUAGCAGAUGAUGAUGCUUUUACAACAGAAUGGGAACUGAAAGUUGCACGUAAAAAGGUACUGGUAAUUCAACAAUCAGAUCAAAUAAGCUCAUGUAACAAAAAUUUAUGUGUGAUAUUCUUAUCCUUUGAACAGAAAAGAUGGGCACAAAAAGAGACCCAGUUGAGGGAAUCCAUGAAACUAGCAAAUGAUCCCCACCCCUUGGGAGCAGUGGCUGCAGCUCCAACCACUCCCAUCGUGAAACCAGUUUUUACCAGUUCUGGAGCUGCAGGAAUACUCACAAAUGACCUUGUCAGAAUUAUGGAAAAUGAAAAGCAAGUAGGAUUCACAGCAGAACCUAUUGAGGACAAUAUCUAUCACUGGCAGGUUAAGAUAUUCGACUUUGACCCACAAAGUGAGCUGUGUCAAGACCUGGCUGAUAUUAAAAAGAAUUUUGGGUAUAACUACAUUGAACUAGAAAUGAUGUUCCAGAUAGAUCUUUACCCAUUUUACCCACCGCUUGUCAAAGUAAUGAGGCCAAGACUUCAGGGUUUUAUGAUGCAGAGAGUGACAAACAUGGAGUUGCUGAAGCUUUCAUACUGGUCCCCAACCAAAGACAUGCAGAGUGUCAUCCUGGAAAUCAAGUCCUUCUUACAACAAUGGGCAAGAUUGGAGGUGGAGAGUGAGAGAAAUGAUGUACAGAAGUAUCCGCGCGGUGCUUACCUAGAGAUGGAGCAUCACCUGCUUACUCUGGCUCUGGUGAGUGAAGUUGUCCCUCGUGUCAAUAUGAGAUACCAGAUGGAUGUGGACAAAAUGGCAGAAAUGAAGUCUUUACCUACACCAAAAAAUAGGAAAUCAAGUGACAGGGAGUACUGGGCCAGAGGCACAGGGUAUGGACAUCACAACAGACCAGAGUGGGAUAUAAAUGCUUAUCUUGCUGCCCAGAAAGAAAAAGAUAACAAGAUUGAGAGUGUUCUUCACCAAAUCCUGGAGGAGUUAAAGUUGUUGUACUCUCAGCAUGCACCACAAUUGAAGCCUCGCCCCAGAGACAGCAUGAUUGAUCCUGAGAUUCAAGAUACUGGCCAGGGAGUGGAUCCAGUUUAUGAUAUGUACACUGUUCUAGAAGGAUCAGCUCUUAUUCCAUUUAUUGAGCAAUAUCUAAAGGCAGAUUCUUUUCUGGAGAUUUGUAGGCAUUCAGAGGUCUAUAAAGUGGUCGUUGACAUUGUAAAAGAAUUAGCUCGUCAGAGACAGUUUCUUCCUUUGCUGUGUGCUUUACCUCACCAGGAGAUGUCUAUAUACCAGCUGUUGUCUCAACUGGAGCAGCGUGCCUCCAUCAUGCUGCGACACCUCAACAAAGCGGGAAAUGGAAGUGUACCUAAAGCACAGCCUCCUAAGCCCACAGAAACAGAGACUACAAGUUCUUUCAAUCUUUUUCCCAAAUGUUUUACCAGAUGUCGAAGUUCUCCAAGCACCCUUAGUUCUCCACCCUCUUCAGAGUCAGAAAUGGCAGAGGAGAAGUUGGCUAGAGAAUUUGCAGUUCUGUUUAAUCUUGUAAAGGGUAUGCUGGAAUUAGAUGGCCUGAUAUCUAACAGCACAUCCACAUCUAGUCAGUCAUCAUUAGAAAGUGACAAAAACUCACCCAAACAGGAAGAGGUUAAAACUGAACAGGCACACCUGUAUGAGAUGCAAUAUAAGCAGGCCUUGCGGACUCUACAGUUAGGGACUGCAUCAUUUUCAUUGGAUGGUACAAGCUGUCACAACUAUGCAGCAGACUUCAAACACUCGCAGAAUGUCACACAAAAACAGGUAUUACGUAUUGCCCAGGAGUUAUCUUCUCUUUCCACCUCCCUUCCACUGGAACUGUCAUCUAGUAUAUUUGCUAGGACUGAUGAUGACAGACUGACUCUAAUGAAAGCAUUAAUUACAGGUCCUGAGGGAACGCCAUAUUCUGGAGGCUGUUUUAUAUUUGACAUUUAUUUUCCACCCUUAUACCCACAAAUUCCACCCCACUUCAACCUGCAGACCACAGGAGGGGGCAAAGUCCGAUUCAAUCCCAACUUGUAUGCGUGUGGCAAGGUUUGUUUGUCUUUACUUGGUACCUGGGAAGGUCAAAAGGGGGAGCAGUGGAAUGAAAAGACCUCCACUCUAUUACAGGUGCUUGUCUCAAUCCAGUCUUUAAUCUUAGUCCCUGAUCCUUAUUUCAAUGAGCCUGGAUUUGAACAGGAGAUUGGAACUGAUGCUGGAAAGAAGCAUAGUGAUGAUUAUAAUGAAGAUGUGUGUUACAACAAUAUCAAGUACGCCAUGAUCAACCAACUCCAGUAUCCACCGCCAGAGUUUGCAGAUGUCAUUAAAAGCCAUUUCUACUGGAAGAAACAGAGGAUUCUUGAGGAAGUGGAAGGUUGGGUGAAGAAGCAUAAUAACAAAAGACUUGAAAGAAUGGCACAGAACCUUAAACAGGAAUUGAAAAAGUUGCAUCAACCUCCUAGCACUGUGUCAUAUAUGACUUCGCGGCGAUAUUUUCCAGUGAAAAACGAUAAAAAUUUUAAAUGGAUUGAUAAAGGUAUUGUGAAAGACAGAAGAAGACCAAAUGAAAAACACUACAGACAGUUUCAGCUGGAUCAGAAACAAUAUGAAAUAGGGGACUUUGUGCUCAUUGCAAGCAGCACUGAUUUUCAGGAAGAUCCCCUGGAAUCAGCAUAUGUUGCCAAACUUCAAGAUCUGUAUUUUGAUGGUGAACACAAUGUGGCUGAGGUAGAGUGGUACUGGACACAGGAGGAGAUUUUACCAUCCCUGUUAAAGAAAUGUACAAAAACAUAUGGCACUGUGCAAUCAAAUGAAGUGUUUCUUAAUGGGGACCGAAAUGUCCACAGGGAAAUCGAUCCUGAAACAGUGUUGUGCAGGUGCAAUGUAUACCGGGGUCAUUCUGAAGAUAAGCAGUUUAAAGAGGGAUUAAAAACAUUUGUGGUUAGCAAGACUUUUGAUGGGACAAAGUUCCGAGAAAUGGACAUUGCCAUUGAAAAGGACCCAAAAAAGGAGACAGUGCACAAAAAUCCCAAAGAAUUCAAGGAAAACCAAGAUGUAAGGCCAAAGACAAGAAGAUCAUUUGGAGGAGUUUCAUCACGACAGUUGCAGGAAAAAAGCAGUUUGUUGAAUGUCAUCCCUGUCAAUAUUGAUGAGGUGGAAACUGAUGUUUUGACAUCUGCAGUGUCCCGAGUGAAAAAACUUCAAGACAGGCGCAAGUCAACUGGUCAGUGUUUGGGGCGGCGAAUAAAGGCGCAGGAUGUAGCAUCCAUGUUAAUGGAGGAUGAUGAUGAUGAUUCGAUAUCUUUGAUAUCCACUACGUCAUCUGAUGUUUCCAGCGUUCACAGCAGAAAGUCCACAGCCUUGAAAUCUAUACUCACUCCUCAAAAGAAACACGGACUGAGUCAUCUCAGUCGCACAGAGCCUCGGCAGCUUAACAGAAGAGUUUCAUUCUCUACACGAGAAGGUAAACCUUCCCCUAAAUCUGUCACCACGGCGGAAAAGAAGGUGGAAAAAGUUACGAUAAAAAGAAUCUCAGAUAACGUGUACCAAACUCGGAGAAAGAAAACUGACAGCACUGAAAGACCAGUCAGAAAAAGGCUGACUGGACAGUUUGAAUCCUCACUGCCAGACACACCAUCAUCCCGGAAUUUGAGGAAAAGAAGCAAGGGGAUUUCUUAUGAUGAGAAUGUGGACUUUUCACCAGUCGGGAAGAAUGAGGUUUUCAUUCCAUCAGACACCGACUCCGAUAGCAACCUCUCAGACUUCAGUGGACAAGCUAAAAAUAAAAAGCCCAGGACAACCACGCCCAAGAAACAAAGGAGAAACAGUAAUUGUGCUUCACCUAAGAUUCCCAACCGUUGUGAACCUUUAACUUCACCCUGCAAUGUUUUAGAGGAGGCAAGAUCCAGGUUACAUGUCUCUGCAGUUCCAGACAGUCUUCCUUGCAGAGAGACAGAAUUUCAGGAUAUCUAUAACUUUGUAGAGAGUAAAAUCUUGGAUGGAACGGGAGGGUGCAUGUACAUCUCGGGAGUCCCUGGAACAGGCAAAACAGCCACAGUCCUUGAAGUUGUCAGGGCUCUUCAUCAGGCUACAGACCAAGAGGAAUUGCCAGGCUUCAGAUACAUAGAGGUCAAUGGAAUGAAACUGACAGAGCCUCGUCAGGCAUAUGUUCAAAUGCUGAAACAACUUAACAAUCAGAAAGCCACACCUGAUCAUGCAGCUGAUCUUCUGAACAAGAAAUUUACAACCCCAGGACCUCGUAAAGAAACAGUUGUUAUGUUGGCUGAUGAGUUGGACCUGUUGUGGACAAGGAAACAAGAUGUGAUGUACAACAUCUUUGACUGGCCAUCACAUCGCCACGCUCGCCUCGUUGUUCUAGCUGUUGCUAACACCAUGGAUUUGCCUGAGCGUAUUAUGAUGAAAAGAGUCUCAAGCAGAUUAGGCCUUACGAGGAUGACCUUUCAGCCCUAUACCUUCAAACAGCUGCAAGAAAUCGUGAUUUCAAGAAUGAAGGGAGUGAAGGCUUUUGAAGAGGAUGCCAUUCAGCUGGCUGCUAGAAAGGUAGCGGCAGUGUCGGGGGACGCGAGGCGAGCGCUGGACAUUUGUCGAAGAGCCACAGAAAUUACAGAGAAUCUCUCUCCCUCCAAAGCUAAACUCUCACUAGUUGGAAUGACCCAUGUUAAUGCUGCACUUCAGGAAAUGUUUUCUUCUCCAAAAAUUGUAGCUAUGAGAACGGCUUCGGACCAGGAGAAAAUUUUUCUUCGAGCUGUCGUGGCAGAAUUUCAAAGGUGUGGAUUGGAGGAAGGAGAGUUUUCCAGAAUUUAUACUCAGCAUGCAGCUUUGUGUAGGAUUGAUGGACUUAAACCACCGUCCAUCACAGAACUGUCCAGGAUUUGUGCACAUUUAGGGAAUAUCCGACUGCUGUUAGUGGAACAUGGGCGCAAUGACCUUCAAAUGAGAGUGAGGCUGAAUGUUAGCCAGGAUGAUGUUCUGUAUGCACUUAAAGAAAAAAGUGGUGUUUGACGAAACUUCUCACUAAAGUGAUUGAGAAUUUGACCUGAACGUAUAGCGUCAAAUGUUGUAAAACCAGAGACAUUCCACCAUUUCAGCUGUGUUCAGAUGCAUGCCUAUUUGAACAAUGAUGUAUGAUCUCAGGUGACAUUCACAAAAAAAGUUUGCUCAGUAACAAAACUAUAUAUUGACAUGAGUGAAUUUUCUCAGAAAUAUGUGUACAUUUUUUAAAAAUAUGUAUAUGAAAUGUGUUUAAUUUAUAUUGAAGAUGGGUAUUUAUUUGAACCCUUGCCUAAAUGAUGUUUUUAAUCAUUAGAACUUGAAUCAUAUUAAUCAAUAAAAUUCAUUUAAUAGCACUGUCAGAAUUAAAAUUGCUAUAGUACAUGUAUUUGAUGGAAUGGAAAACAAGUCACUGAUAUUAGUCAA